UUUGAUUAGAAUUCCUUACCGGAGCAGAAAGCAUCAAUUUCACAGUCAGCGCCACCGUUGGCGACCCCGAAUCACCAGCCGCGACGAUGGUAGCACCAGUGAUCGCCACGUGUUCUCCAAGCGCACGACCUUGCUUACUGACGCGUGGCUCACCUCCUCGGAGCCGCAAUAACAGUGCUGGGCUACUCCUCCUCAUCCUAGGUUUAACGGUCUUUUGUACGGACGCAGAUCCUUAUGUGAGCCUUUCUAUUGUAAUGGUGAGAUAUUUUAAGAUACUUUUGGACCGUAUAGUGAGUUUUCCUUGCCGUAAGAUUACAACUUUGCAGUCUAGGACAGUAAACAUUACUCAAACUGAACUACCAAAUAAGACUAUGGAAGCUAAGUGUCUUCAGGGCAUGUUUGAAUUAUUUGAUUCUGGUUUCUUCAAUGAGACUAAAAUUCAGGAGAUUACAAAGGGGGUCACUGAAAUGAACGUUCCUAUUUAUCAAGCCAACCGGAAACUUGUCGCUACUAAGAAUGGCGGGUUGGAAAAUUCGUCCCCGCUCGUGUUUAAUCCGUCUUGGAACAGAGAGGUUCCACGAGUACAUGGCAAGAGAUUCAAAUAUCCUUCAGUGUCUGGAGUAAAACUCCCUAGAGAUGAUGAAGAUAUCGCCUUCAUGAGUGUUCUUGAACUUGGAGAACUUAUAAAGACAAGACAAGUUACUUCCAAGGAACUUGUUCGGAUUUAUCUCAAGCAACUAAAACGGUACAAUCAUGUUCUUGAAGCGGUGGUUACUUAUACUGAAGAAUUAGCAUACAAACAAGCCAAAGAAGCUGAUGAUUUGCUCUCUCAAGGAACUUAUCUCGGACCUCUUCACGGGAUUCCAUAUGGUUUGAAGGAUAUAGUUGCUGUUCCCGGAUACAAAACAACAUGGGGUUCAACUUCUUUCAAAGACCAAGUUCUUGAUAUUGAAGCAUGGGUUUACAAAAGAUUAAAAGCUUCAGGUGCAGUGUUAGUAGCAAAGCUGGUUACGGGUUCUCUGGCUUAUGAUGACAUCUGGUUCGGGGGACGGACUAGGAACCCGUGGAAUAUCGAGGAAUUCUCUACGGGGUCAUCAGCUGGACCUGCUGCUUCCACAUCGGCUGGUAUGGUUCCGUUUGCCAUAGGCUCAGAGACAGCAGGCUCAAUGACAUACCCUGCAGCUCGGUGUGGCGUAACAGCAUUGCGUCCGACAUUUGGGAGUGUUGGUAGAACCGGAGUGAUGAGCAUAUCUGAGAGCCUGGAUAAGCUGGGACCUUUCUGUAGAACAGCAGCGGAUUGCGCUGUGAUCCUUGACGCUAUCAAAGGGAGAGAUCCGGACGAUCUCUCAUCUAGAGAGAUCGCGUUUGAAGAUCCCUUCUCCGUUGAUAUCACAAAACUUACUGUUGGAUAUACCAAAGAUGCUGACAUGAAGGUGGUGGAAGUGCUUGGGUCGAAAGGUGUCAAUAUGGUUCCUUUUGAACUAAACUAUACAGUGGACUCGGUUCAAGGGAUAUUGAAUUUCACAAUGGAUGUAGACAUGUUAGCUCAUUUUGAUGAAUGGCAAAGAAGUGGUCAAGACGAUCUCUAUGAAGCUCAAGAUCAAUGGCCGGUCGAGUUACGACGUACUCGUCUAGUUACAGCCGUAGAUUACAUUCAGGCGCAAAGAGCUCGUGGGAAGUUGAUCCAAGAAGUCAAGAAGAGCUUUACGGUAGAUGCGUUUGUUGGAAACGUGACAGAUUGGGAGAAAGUAUGUAUGGGAAACCUUGUCGGUUUACCGGUUCUAGUGAUUCCGACAGGUUUCAAGAACAUAUCUGAUCCACCAACCAAGAGUUGCCGGAGAAGAACAACAAUCAAUGCUGGAAUUUAUGCUCCCCCGGAACGUGACCACAUUGCGUUGGCAUUGGGUAUGGCGUACCAGUCGGUAACUGAUGCCCAUAGAAAGCGACCGCCUAUCGAUGAUCUUGGACCGGAUGACUCAAUACCGAAUCACAAGGACUAAGAAUGCAAA